GGGCACCUGCCAUCAUUUCAAAUUAAUCGCUGGCCGAACUGCAUUCAAUCGCUCUCACAAUUUCAAACAACUCGAAGUUCAGUCUCUUUUUGUCAAUUAAGGAAAAAGAACUAAAAUGACCGAGUCUAAGCAAACAAAUGGAAAUGCUGAGUCUACGGACUCUCAACUGCCAUCCUGGCUGCCCAGAAUCUCGUUGGAGAAUGCGGUUCGAGCGCAGAUUGGGGAUUUCGAGAAAAUACUCUCUGUAACGCCGCAGAGCACUGGAGCCGAAGACAACUACUCCACAUUGAUGAUUCGCCUGAUUGUGGAGGUUGAGCUAAUCGAUCACAGCACAAAGAGCGUAUCUUUUGUGCUGAAGGCUCAGCAUAACAAUGAAGUAAUGGCGUCUAUACUAAACAAGUUGAAACUGUUCCCGAAGGAGGAAGAAAUGUAUCACAACAUUUUGCCCAAAUUCGAGCAACUUUUUGCGGAUGCCGGCAAACCGACUCAAUUUGCCCCCAAAGCCUAUAAGAUUGAUCAGGAUUUGGGUGUAGACUAUGUGCUACUGGAGGAUUUGCGCCCAAAGAAUUUCAAGAACGGCAAUCGCUUGGCGGGAUUGGAUUUGGAGCAUAUGCAAGAAGUUCUGCAGAAGCUGGCUGCCUUCCAUGCUGCCUCCGCUUGCUAUGUAGAGCAUUUUGGCAUGUACAGUGAAGAUUUCACUGUCGGUGUCUUCAGUGAGGCAAAUCGCCAUUUGUUGCAGGAAUUUAAUGCCUCGGGCGCAUUUUUGGCGCAGCUCAAGAAGUGGAAGAAUGCCCAAAAGAUCUAUGAUAAGUUGGCCACUAGUGAUGAAUAUCUGGUAGAUCGACUGCUGCAAAAUCAGCAGGUUUCAACAAGGGAAUUCAAUGUGCUCAACCAUGGCGACUGCUGGAACUUUAACAUCAUGUUCCAGUACGAUGCUUUUGGCAAGAUCAAGGAGACGCUUUUUGUAGACUUUCAAGUUGGCAAAUAUGGUUCACCAGCUAAUGAUCUGUACUAUCUGAUACUUUCAUCGGCUGCUCCCAAUAUUAAGACGGCUAAAUUUGAUUAUCUCGUGCGUUAUUAUUUCGACCAUCUGAUUGAGAAUCUUCAACUAUUGCAAUACCAUCGCCCAUUGCCCAAAUUGAAGAAUCUGCAUGCGGCUCUCUUCCGCAACGGCUUGUCAGCAUACAUGGUUGCGUCUAAGGUUCUGCCAGUUGUGAUGCUGGACAAAACCCAGAACGGAGAUCUCGAGAAGUAUCCAAACGACGACUCUAAAGUAAAGACCGCCAUGUACACGAACCCAAAAUAUGUGCAGGUGAUGACAGAAUUGCUGCCAUGGUUGGAUAAUCGCGGUCUACUCGACUGGAAGUAAUUUACUAAUUACCCUCGCUGAAAGCGAAUAACAACAAUGACAAUGAGGUUUAUUUUAACGCAUUGCGACCUAAAUAAUGAACGUAGCUUCUGGUCACGCUAUGCAAAUGUAUUAUUAUGAAAUAAAUGUUUUGUUUCCAUUAUCAAUUAUCAAAAUUUCUACUUGCAACAUUAUUUUAUAGUAAAUCGUGAGGUGAAUAUAAUAAUUACAAAACCGUUGAAUGAAACAGGAAACUUUUACCUUUUUUCAAAUUUGAGUUGAAUGCAUUUCUAAUUUUAUAUUUGGCGUCAAAUUAUCUUUGCACUUUGAAACGAACUUGAAAAUUAAUUCCAUUGUAAUUGCGAAAAUGUUUCUCGGUACGUAUGUUUGUAUGUACUUAAAUAAAAUAUUAAACUUAGACAACAGAAAAUUGGGUCCAGAGGAAGAAAUAAUAGCAAAAACAAAUACAUACAAAGAAGAUCUAUGUAGUUACACGCACAUGUUCCGAUUGGUUCCCAUGAUUAAGUUUUCAUCUUCUACUAGCUUAUGCAUUGCUUUGCCAGACUUUAUUUACACUUCCCUAGCACUUUAGUAGAACACUCAAUUCAGCUUAACGCUGUACUUCAAGUACAUAUGUAUAUAAAUGUGUAAGUAUGUAUACAGUUUUAAAAGCCAAGAACGCAGCAGCGAAA